UUUCAGAAACACUGGUUUUUGAUCGGACGACGCAGUUUCUUCUGUGAUUGCGAAUGGCAUCGGUUGGAAUCCAAUUCGGAGGAAAUAACAGCGCCGUUCUUGAUCACCGCCGUCAGAACGGUCUUUGCGUUUGCAGCCCUUCUUCCAAUCGGAGCGUGUCGAUGAUCCGCGGAUCCCGGGGGAAAAGAGGAAAUUCGGUAGUGGCCAUGGCGCGGGUGGGAUUGGAGACGGUGGGGCGGGAGCGGAGGGGCGGCGGUGGAAAAGGGAGCGAGGCUGCGGCGACGGCGUAUGAGAAGUUGGACGCGUGGAUGAGGGAGUCGGUGGUGGAGAUAGUCCAGAAUCUCCGGGAGGCGCCGCUGUUGGUCAAUGUGUACGGGAGGAGUAGUACGGACGGUAGGCCGAGGCUGGAGACGGAGAAGCGGGUGGAGGAGGAGAAUUGGGACGGGCUCAGACGUAAAUGGGAGGCGGGAGUGGCGCCGUUUCCCGACGGCGUUAUCUUCGUCGAAGAACUGGACGACAAUGAUAACGGUGGCGGUGAGGGUAACGGUAAAGAUGACGGAGGGGAUGCGAUCACGAAGGCGUGGGGGUUAGUGGUGCAGGGGAAGGGGAAGGAGAGUGGGCCCGCCUGUUACUUGUUGAAGACGAGUAAAGUGAAUAACGGGUCGGGCUUCGGGCUCGGUAUGGGCUUGGGCUGCACCCAUUUCUGUUUGGUUCCGGUGAGCAGUUUCAGGGAGAAGGCCCAAUCGCAGCUGAAGAAUUGUUGGUUGUUGCAGGCCUAGGCCCAAUAAUGCUAAUUCACAUCCUCUCCAACUCAUUUGUAAAUUUAUACCAAAUUGAUUGAUCUCCUCCCAGAAGAAAGCAAGAAAAAAGGGAUAAUAAUUCAUUUAAGUUGAAUCAUUUAGUUCAUGAUUUAUAAUUGUACAACUUAUCAAGAAGAGGGAAACAAUUUACUAGAAUCUCGUUUUA